UUCAAGGACAAACUCUGACUGACAUUAAUACACUGAAACAGUUUUGGAGCUCUAGAUAACACAUUCGCUGUUCUCAUCUCAGGAACAUCCAUUUCCACCGCCAUGCUGUUGGUGAUUCUCCUAGGACUGGUGUCCCUGCUGGUGAUUUACCUUCAUAUAAACUAUCGUUACUGGACAAAGCGAGGAGUGAUUCAAGAACCUCACUUACCCAUUAUUGGAAACCUUCUGGAUGUUGUUCUUAAAAGGAAGAAUGCUGGUCAAGUCUAUGAUGCGAUUUACCAGAAGUAUUGUAACAGCCAUGAUGCAGUUGGUGUGUACGAACUCAUGACUCCGAACCUACUGCUGCUCAAUCCUCGUCUGAUCAAGCAGGUGACGACGACCGACUUUUCAAGUUUCCACGACAAUGAGUUCUAUGUUCGGAAAGAUCUUGAUCCUUACCUCUAUUACGACCCUUUCACCCUCAAAGGCGAUGAAUGGAAGCCCGUCAGAACCUCACUGGCAUCCCUCAUGGCUACAAGCAAAGUCAAGGAGAUUUUUCCAUACAUGAAACAACUCAUCCCACAACUGGACGACUAUCUAGAUAAACAUCAAACUAAACAGCUGGAGGCUAAGGAUGAGCUUUCUUCUUUGUACAUGAUGAACACAGCCUCUAACAGUGUUUUCGGAGUGAAAUGUAACUGCUUCACCGACCCAGACGCAGACUUUCGCAAGAUGGGAGAACUCUUUGUGAAGGAGUCGCUUCAAAGCUUCUGGUUGACCUUGACAUUUUUUUAUCUGCCUCGAAUCAGAGAUUUCUUUAGAAUCAGAGUUCUUCCGAAAAAGGUUAGUGAUUAUCUGGAAAACAUGUUAAAACAAGUUGUUGAGCACAGAAAGAAAAACAACAUCAAAGUAAAUGAUAUCAUUGGUGGUAUGAUAAGUAAAUCAGGAGACAACCUGUUUGACAUUGUUGCCCUGGGAGUUGCAAUAUUUGUGGAUGGUUUUGAAACUACCUCAUCUAUCGCCUCCUUCGCUUUGUAUGAAUUGGCAAUGAAUCCAGAAAUCCAGGAAAAUCUGUAUCAAGAAAUAAAAACUUCUACGUCUAAUUCUACCGAUAUUGAUUUUGAAACCCUCCAAAAUCUUCCGUACCUAGACAAAGUUUUGAAAGAGACCUUGCGGAAGUACGCCCUUGUUUACAACCUCAAAAGGGUUUGCACUAAACGAUGCUCCCUUAAUAUUGAUGGAAGGAAUGUGGAAAUUGAACCAAACACUCCGAUAAUAAUUCCCUUCUACGGAGUACACAAUGAUCCAAGAUACUAUCCGGAUCCAGAAGUUUUUGAUCCAGAAAGGUUUGCUGAUGACAAUGCUGACCACGCUGAUGUGUACUACCCGUUUGGAAAUGGCCCCAGGAUAUGUCCAGGACAGCGAUUUGCAGUUGCCCAAGUGAAAUUGUUUGUCUGGAACAUUGUGCUGAAGUAUACGAUCUGUCCAACAAACACCACUCCGAAAAAGUUGAAAUUCUCAAAGAACGCAUUGAUGCUUGUAUCAGAAGAACCACUUAACCUGUUUUUUCAUCGGAUAAUAUGUUAAAAGUAUGAAUUAUUUAGUGAAGUAUGUUUAAAGUAUUAAAUAACCUUGUAAAACCUUUUAUAUACUACAAGAGUGGGAAUAGUUAGUUUAAAAAAUUGUAAAGGUAACUAUGAAAAAAUAGUAAAUUUUGUAAAGACACUGAAAGUGAGAUUAAGAUUUCUGAGAAAACAUAUUUCACAUUUUGAAGUAUUUAGAUCAUCCUAGAGAGCUUAUACUUCUCAACUCCUUUAGGUUAAUAUUUUAAUUUUAAUUGAUAUUUCUAGGAACAUCUUUUGUAGAAAACUAUUUUGAAAAAUAUUGGGAGAAACAUUUCCUACCUAUCUUUGAUUUCAAUUUUAGUUUUACUUAAUUUUAUGACAGUAAAUAUAUUGCCUUUUAUCAAUCAUAUAACUUUAUCAGCCAUUGUAUUAUAAAAACAUAGCCUUUAAACAAGUAAAAAUUGUGUUCAACUUGAUUUGUAAAAGGCAACAAUGAUGAUUUACAAAAACAAUUUAACAUUUCUAUUAAAUUUUUUUUUGUAACCUUUGGCCAAUAAAAUUUUUUUAAAGGUUUUUAUUCAA